CUCUUUCAGGAGUCACCAGCCAACAUGGCGGACUCGACCGGCAGCGGUGUGAGCCCGGGAGGGCCCCGCAUCUCGUCUGCGAAGAAGAGAAGGCUGGCCGCCCUGGAGCAAAACCUGGGUGCAGUCGGUCCAGGCGGCGGUGGUGCAGCACAUCCCCGUGGCAGCACAGCCCCGCCGCUUUCAGGGAGCAGCGGCGCGCCAAAGGCACCCAAGGCGCGCUCCAGCGGCGGCGGGCGUGGAGCCCGCGGCGGCAGCGCGGGCGGGGAGCAGCCCCCGCUGCCGUUGCAGCAGCAGCAGCAGCAGCAGCAGCAGGCGUGGGAGCCGCCGUACAAUCGCCUGGAGGAUGCCAUUGCCACGGGGCCGGCGGCGGGGGCGAUGGACCUGCCGCCGCCCCAGCCCGGCUCCCAGGUUGUGUCAGAGCUGCUGGUGUCGCUCAUGGCCACCAACCCGCGCGCCUUCGAUGCGCGGGCAGCCAUAGGGCUCAAGGUGCAGGACCGCACAGUCAUGCUGGACAACCCGGCGGGCCAGAAGCAGCAGCGGCGGCGGCGGCAGCAGCCCAGCCGCUGGGCGGCGCAGCUGGCCAGCAAGGCGCAGCAGCGGCGGCUGGGCCUGUACCAGCUGCAGACCACGGGGCUGACGUACGAGGCGGUGCAGCCGUUGUACCGCAGCUGGCAGCAGUACAUGCAGGAGCUGCUGGCGCCGGGGGUGCAGGAUGUGGAGGCGCGCCUGUACGGCGCAGACCUGCACGGCUGCCUCAUCAGGGUGUCUGCCAUGCUAGAACCGCGGUAUCAGGGUCUGCGGGGCAUUGUGGUGCGGGACACAGCCAACACGCUGCAGCUGGUCACGCCUGAAAACCGAUUCGUGGUUGUGCCCAAGCGGGCUUGCACCUGGGAAUUCGACGCCGACCGGAGACGGGUGGUGACGCUGCUGGGGCCAGGCUUGGCGCAGAGGUGCGCUGGCGCCGGCGGCAGCAGCAGUAGCGCCGGCGGCCCCGCGCGGCCCAAGACGCUGCGAGAAGCCAUCAGGAGCCAGCAGCGGCGGUGAGCUGGUUCACAUCGGUUACCAUCCUUGCCUGUGUAAAGUGCACAGCGGCAA